CUUGUGUCGGUAUCAACUAUUGAGUGACUAGCUUAUGAUAUAAAUGAAGGAGGGGAAAACACAACGUAAAACCUGUGCUCCUGUCAAAAAGUAAUACUCAGGCGUAAUAUAAUAAUCGGAACGGCUAAUAAAAUCAUAAAUAAACAAGGUAAGAGUGUUAUGUUAGACUUUUUUACAAAUUGUAGUGAUUUAUGCCAGUUAAUGGUGGCGACAAGUAGGCGCACCAUGUAUAUUCCAUAGUCGCUAUCAAGUAAAUUUUUACCGGACUUUGCGUUCGUCUCACGAUAGAACAACACAAAUACACAAGAAAAUUUUUACAGUAACUUUAUAACCAUCCUUUGGUCUUUUAAAAGCUUGAAGCUCAGUAGAUUCUGUCAUAUCGGUUAUUGUUAAAACUGUCUUUGUUUUGAUGCUACUUUUCGACAUAGGAAAAGUAUGUCGGACAAAAAUAUUCACCAAAAAAUACAUAUUUCUUUGCCAGCUUCAAUGACGACAGGGGAUUAAGUUUAGAUAACAAAACAAAGGAUUAUGUUCGCAGAAAUACCGUAGGUCUAGUACAUUCGUUACAUGAGGUCCCACAACUCGGGUAAUAUUCAGGGUGAAAAUUUGCAUAUUUGAGCGGUCGAACGAAAAAAAUUAUUUCUCGAAAACUAAAAUAAAUUUUCACAAAAAACUACACCACAAUUAUUAGAACAUAUUGGGCUACAAAAUAUGAAAGUAGGAGAGAAAACGAAUUUUGGGCCACUUGCCACAAUAUUUCAAAUUUGUUCGAUGGAUGCUGACACCUCUCUUAAGUAUCUUCUUUACAUCUCAAAAUUAUAUCAUCGUAACAUUGGUUAACACAAUGCAAUAAGAACUAGUAUAGCAAACCUUUGUGUCAGAAGGCCUCUGAGUGCUAAGAAUGGGAAUAUCAAUUCACAGAAUGUUUAUCACCGACAGAAACUUAAAUGUGUGUAAAGGACUAGCAUUGUUGAGAUCAGUAGCUGAGAGGAAGCAUUUCUGUUCUCUUCCUUUAACCCUUAAAUACCCAAGAUCUGUUUGUUAAUUCUCCUUUCUAGUCGCUUCACAUUUACUUGUAAAUAAGUUAUGAGAAUUUGAUGUGAGAUUAAGAUAACUUCUGCCAGGUAACUUUCAGUAUUAUCAUUAUCUGUUUGCUGGAUAGUGUUUGGAUAUUAUAGGGAGAAUUUACAUGAAUCAGUCACUUUUGGGAGUUUUUAAAUUUUCUAAUAUUUUGGUCUGAUUCUUUCAAUGCUGUCCUCAUGGGUUGAUAGAAACAAGGGUUAUAAUCAAGUGGUUCUACAGGCUCCAUUGUAUAGUUUCCCAUAAGAUAAAAUGUACAAAUGGCAAACCAAAAGACAUCUUGGUGAACAAAAUAGGAACAACUUUAGCUGAAGAUAAGGUACAACAACAAGUACCACAUCAACAACAGUAGCAAUAACAAAUCUCCUCUACCUUUAGGGCUGCAGCCUUUGCCCCGCUUUCUAAGCCAUACUGAACAGCUUCUGUGGUACUCCCUAUAAUGCGUUCCUCUCAACACGAUGUGGCGAUAUUCUCGUGAAACAACGGGGUAUUCGUAAAGCUGAAUGAAAUUCAUCUCGGGUAAAUUACGGAGAUCGCUCGACCAUCCAAGGGCUGAAAUCCUCUCCAUAGUUGCUUCGUAUUUGAAGUCGCUCUGGUUUUGUUCUAGGUCCUGGACUUCUGUAAGAAGUUCUCAGUUUUCUCCACUACUCGAUGGAAGGACGUGUUACAUCAGCAAAGCAUAAAUUUUCGACACUAAGUCGGCUCUAAUUCCGCCCGUCGAUUUUGAAUCAGAUUUUAAAAUCUUCCUGAGAUCUUUCGCUUCGAGUUUCUGGAUGUCAUCUAAUGACGAAAUUUCCAUACUGUUUUAUUAAAGAACCAUUUUGAAGGGAGAAAUCGCAUUGAAAAGUGCAUUAGAACGUGAAAUAUCAGCAGAUCAGCUGUUUGAAAGAACCGCCGGGUCAACGCUAGCCUCGUUAUCGUGUGUGCGCGGUUACUAAUCCAAUAUGGCGCCGGGAACUGUAAAAAGGUCUAUUUGAUAUUAUUCACACAGCCAUCGGCUGUGAGUCUAACCGCCGCUAAAUGAAUAGAUUCUUGGGUAAGGCUGCAGUUUCGAUUCUUUCUGAAUCUCUACAGUUGCCCCCUAAUAACGAGUUUUCACGGAGGAAUAACACUUUUUAACUUUCGGAAGAAUCCCCAUUACACGCCACGUUUAUUCACGCUACCUCGCGGUCAUCAGAGAUGUUCACUCGACCGCGACAGGAUGCAAAUGACUCGCUUUCCGUUUUACGAUCAUGAUGCAACGCAAUCCGAGUGCGUACACCGCCUGUCCUCGCAGUGUCGGACACGAUAGGAGUGAAUAAAUUAACUGCAAGAGGUAUCGUAGCAAGAUAUGCGAGAGAAGGACGCAUCGCAGAAAGACCGCGUGGUGGACAAAACAACGUUCGCGUCGAUGAAGAAAUGAAAGAAUCUUUAAGUGACAUCGUCAAUGAAAAUUGCCUUCUGACACUGUCACAAAUCAAUCAAGAGUUACGCCAACGUUUGCGAAAUAAGCAUGAAAUCCACGACCGCACGGUCUCGAGGACCUUGCAAGGUAUGCUGUAUCGAGUGAAACAAGCGAGACCUCUACCAGCUGAGAGAAAUCGACCAAAUGUGAUCCAUAAACGAUACGACUACCCUUGUUGGUUUAUGAGGCAUGCCGUGGUGAACCACUGUGUUUUCAUCGAUGAAUGCGGCUACAAUAUAUUCACUGCUAGAAACCAAGGAAGAGCCAGAACCGGAGAGAGGGCGUACAGCUAAGUUUGCGGGCAAAGAGGGCGAAAUGUUACCGUGGCACUUGCCAUUUCUUUAACCAAUGACCUCGUAUCUUAUCCAUCAACUAUCGGUGGUAUGAAUGCGCAGAGGUUCAGUGACUUCUUGGCUCAGACAAGGCUGAACCUCGACCCUAAUGAAAACGUCAUAUUUAUAUAUGAUGGUACACCUGCUCACCAUAACCCCGCUGAUUCCGGGCAAAUUACAGAACUCAAGAAACUGCCACCAUAAAGUCCUUUCCUCAACAUUGUAGAACAAGGUAUCAGUGCGUUAGAGGCAGCCAUUAAGACAGAUAUUAGCCGCCCAGACGUGCAACAACAAAUGAACGCACGCGAAGAAGCCAGGCGACAGCGAAAUGUCGGAACAAUAACCCCAGCUAAAUGAGGAAAGUGGCUCCGUUUUAUGCAGACAUACCUGCCUCGUUGUCUAAACAGAGAGCAAAUCGAAGGAUAAAUAACUCAGUACACUUUUAUUUUUUUUACAGAGUGGGCGAACAUGCUUUCUUUCUCCAAGUUGUAAUGAUUGCUCUAUGUUUGUUAAUGUUGUUUUGCACCAUGCUAUUGUUUGCCUGUGUUAAAAAAACGACUAUUCCAUUCACAUUAUUGUUUGUGUUAAUUACUCGAAUGAAUUUUUAGGGAUUAUGGAAAUUGUUCUAAUGAAAGUCCAUUUUCAACGAUAGAUUGUCCAUAAAUGCUAGGCUUCGUCAGUUCGUGCUAUUGACGUUACAUUCCAUGUGUGCGAAUGUUCAAAGGUGCUAUAGAUUCCACCUUGAAGCUAUUGAAUGUUCAUCCAUAUAUUAAACGCACUAUUGAAGUUUACUUCGCUUAAAUGAAGUUUAGUAUGGCGCUAAUGAAUGUACUGUGACUUUAUUGAACCAACGCUAAGCACAAAUGAAUGAAUUUUUUUGCGUCAAUGACUAGCGAAAUGUGUAUUAAAGGCCAAUAGUUGAUUGAUGUCUUCCAAAAGUUGUAAGCUUUUUAGGUUUAAGUAUGUAAUUUCUAUUGCUGACAUUUACACUUUUCAUCACAUCACAAAAAAUAUGUCGAAAAUACAGUAUUCAUUAUAAUUUGAGUUCAAGUUCUUUAAUUCUUUCUUUUUUUACCUCUGUUUAGAGACAGGAUUGUCCCCAAAUGUCGAAUUCGUCUCGCUGUGCAGACAUAUGAGGAAUUUUCUCUAUCCCUUUCAUCCUUCGACAGGUAAAAAACAUUUAACAAUGGGCACAAAAGUAAUCAAAUGAUUUUUUUGAUAGUUCAGCGAUCUAAGUUUAAUCUAUGUUCAUUUGUCCUUUUAGUGCACCACCAUGUUAAAACAGUUCGUCUGUGGUCUCGCUUAACAUUGGGUAUGUUAUUGUCCACUUCGACUCUGCCCCAAUUUACUAAUCUUUUUGAUAACCCGGAACACGCUGCUAUUGUUGUGUAUGACAUAACAAAGAGAAGUUCAUUUGAGGAAGCAAAGAAUUUCGUUGACGGGCUCGCUCUACAGGUCUGGCCAUGGCCAUGUGACUUUGUAGCUCUUGUGGGGAAUAAAGUAGAUUUUGAAUCUAGCAGGGAGGUGUCCUUUAAGGUUAGUAAUGUGAUCAUGUUUGUAUGAUGCCAUUGUACUACAUGUGCUAAACAUGAAAUCACUUAGGACAGGCUUUUUUUUCAUGGUUUUUGUAGAGAAAGAUGCCAAUCAUGAUUGAGAAAGGAUGGUAAAGUGAGGUGGUUUAUGAAAGCUCUUUAGAUGAUUUUUGUGUGAUUUCUUAUUAUGUCCUUGGUAGCAAAUCAUUUUGUAAUUUUAUUGGUCGGGGUUUGAUGGGGUUGCAUCUUAUGGAAAAGAAUGCAUUUCUAGUAAGUGCCUAUUUACACUGCGACUCUAUAUGUAUCUUGCCGUAUUAACGCCAAAACAUGGGAACUUCCUACGUGUCUUUUAAAAUCUUAUUUGUAACCAAAACCGCGUAUAUCAACUAUAUCAGGCAUUUUGCAUCCAGCGGACUUCCGCUGUUUCAACCAAAGUCAACAACACCAUGCCCACCAUGCAGACAUCAACAAUCUGACAUCGGCACUACGCAAGGAACUUUUUCAUAACAUUGAAUUAACAAACGGACCUAUUAGAAUGAACUAUUCUUGUUUACCAUUUUUUGAUUUUAAGACAGAAAAGAAUGAGUUAAUUUACCAACAGAUCAAAAGUGAUGAAUAACGAAGGAAUCAUGUUACGCGAGUGUCACUGUCAGUGACAUCACAGCAGAAGUUACGAAUCAGUUUUCAGGAGGCACAAAUACAUCAUUUUACCAAAGCCUCUCCUUGGAUUCUGAUGAUGACCAACGCUCAGGUUGUCUAAAGGACAGUAACUACUGAUGACAACAGUGCUUCACAAGACUACAUUUCUUUUCCCUCUAAUUCCAAAAUUAACUCGGAGUUAUUCCAGAAAUGCAACUCACACACGCUGGUACUUUGUGGUGGGAGAUUUCGACUUUAUAAUUUGUUCUUUCAGGAAGCUCAGGAUUAUGCAGUUGGAACCAAUUUUGUUAGGAUUUUUAUGGAAGUUUCAACACUAACAUUCGAAAAUGUGGUAGACCUUUUCUUCGAAAUAGGUAAGUAGAAUUGGCUAUUCAUUGAUCUUCAAGGGUAAGGUGAGUUGAUAACGCAGGUUGGCCACCGUAAAGAGCUUAAAAGCUGACGUUUCGAGCGCUAGCCCUUCGUAAGAGCGACUGGAGGAAUUGUAGGUUUUAUGUGCGUUUCUAUGCAGAAAAUGGAGCAACGCUAUUGCUAGGAAUAUGGUGACGAGAAAAAAGACUAACUUAGUUGAAUGAAAAGCGCUCAUUGAUACCAUGGGGAUUAAGAGUGUUGAUUUGAAAGAUAAAUUUUUGUUCAAGAGUUUUCAAUGUUUCACCAAUGCAUUACUUUUUGCAAAAAGUUAUGCAUCGGCGAAACAUCGUUAAAAUCGGCAAUCUUAAUCCUCACGGUAUCAACGAGUGCUUUCAAUUCAACCGGCCGUGGGGAUUAAGAGUGCCUGGGUUGAAGGAGAAUUCCCUAGAAUGCGUCGGCCAAAGACGACACAGGUGGAAGAAAAUAUGUAACCACAUAUUGUAAUGUAAUAGAGAAUGCUUUGUAAAAUAUCACAUACUCCACUCUUGCAUGAAGCCAGACUUGCUGAUAGCUUGGAGCUUGCGUCAUGACAUUGAACGAAAAGCAUUGCCGAAAGCUUCAGAAAGUCUACUAACGCCAUUCCUGCAGAAUGACCAUUGCCGAACACCUCUUUCCAUUAAUGGAAAUGAGAACACUUUCAGUGGAUAGGCCUUGACAGAAAUCUCAUUAUUUCUGCAGUCAAGUAUUCGUAAAUAAUUUGGCAGACCUGUUGUUAAUUAUAAUUCUAUUAAGAUCAAAGAAGAGAAAAAAAGUAGAUGAGUUACAAUUGUAUGUCUGUUGUGGUUGCGGCUGUUUCUAUGAAACGUGUGCUUGGAUAACAAGCGGUGAUUAUUCCCCCGGAAAAAAAAAAACAAACUGGGAAUGGCAGAAAAAUAUUUUUAUGUUUGCGAGAAGAAAAAGGGAGUAUGACUUUUUGUUCUUAGUGUCAAAACUAGGUUGCUCCUGUUCUCUAUACCAGUUAUAUCAAUUUAUCUGAGUUGUGUUUAGUUCUCUUAAUAUGAGACUCCAGCACUUCUUACCUGUUAAGUAAGGUUUCCAGGAAUAGUUCGUCAAGAAAGACGUUUUGUGUAAUAGGUGUAAGCAUUAUUUAAGAUGUAGAGGGGAGACUGACAUGGAGUUGUCAUUUGGUGUUUAGUUUUUUUCUAAUAAAUUUUUUUUGUAGAGAAUCUUUUAAUUGCAGCCGGAUUCGUUAUCGACGGAGAGUUGCCUGUCACACAAAAAGCUGUGGAUCUGAGUAAGAGAAAUUUGGGCAGCAAUCCCUUGGAUUUUCUCGCAGCUAUGCUUUUAGUUAGCCUUCAGAACCUUUCAGUUGCAAAUAUUCACACGCUGAAUCUGAGCCACAACAAUUUGGCAGAGAUACCUGAUAUUUUUCUACAAUUGGUAAAGCUGACGUGCUUAUAUGUGAAUGACAACAGACUUUCCUCUCUGCCUGAAAGCAUGAGACGUUUGGAAGGACUUCAAGAGCUGGACUUAAGAAAUAACCAACUGAAGGGACUUGAUGUGGUUAGAGAACUGCCCAAACUUAAAAAACUAUUGGUUGAAGGAAAUCUGUUCACACUAGAGGAGAUCAGAAGUCUUAUGAAGCAUGUGCAUACGACUACAAGAACGAUCUUCGUAGACAUCGCAGGUAGUGUUACAUAUAAGUAUGGUAAUAAAUCUUUUGCAUACUCGAGCACAAUGUUAUCUUGGAGUAAGGAUUGUGUGUCUUUAGCGCUGUGGUGAUUUUUAUCUCAAUUUAGAGUUUUUGAAGGAAUUUCUCUGUAAAGAUUAGAGCUUCAAGGAGGUCAAGCCUGUCUUUCCGUUGUCGCGUACAGAUCCAAAUUGGCGUAUACGGUCGACUCCCGUUACGAACCAGAAAAAGAUCUGGCCGUGAGCAGGAAAACCUCGUGUUUGCAUCCAAUUGAAGACUCGUUUCUUUGUUUUCCUUCAUUGUAAUGUCGCUUUAUAUUAUGAGUCAGAAUUUUGGACAGUGUCCGUUCUGGCGGAAGAAAAAACAGGUGAAAUGUUGCGCUGGGGGGCAUGAAAGUGUCCAAAUUUCCGUAAUAGCGAGAGUUCGUAAUAACGGGAGAACAUUUCAGUCAUUUCUUCAUGCGUUUCGCAGGGGGUCUGGUGCUGGGGGUGUCCGUAAUGGUGAUGUGUCCGUACAACGAGAGUCGAUUGUCCACUUAGAAAUGUAACCUUCACUUACUCUUUUAGUUAUUAUGAUCACCGAUUGAUGCUAAUUUGUAUCGUUGCAAGCUUCGCCUGAUAAUCCCUUUGUUAUUUCAAGAGAGUUUGUGGGAGUGUUUAAUUCAAAUUUUCCAAGCAAUCGUUGUGGCUCUAGAGCCUCUGGUUCUGCACUUGAAGCAGGCUUAACCGUUGGAAGCAGGCUGGUUUUUUUGUUGAAUGCAGUGUUUGUGUACUGUAAAACUUUAAAAACCUUUUUGCAGCCAUUUCAAGCUAAAAAUGGUACAAUAGAAUCUGGCUUGAAGGCUGAUUAUGCAAGAAAGAUGGAAAAUUUCAUCCUUAUUUUACAACAAGAAAAUGGUGAGGAAGUUUCAUGUGACAGAUUUAACUGAAAUUUUGAAAAAGUAAUUUUCUCUUCUAUCAAAAACCUUUAAUCUUGUGGCAGUUGAUAUGACUUUCAUGGAAGUUUUCUUCAGUAAUGUGCUCCUCGUGUUUCACGUAUCACUUUUCACAAGGUCGUGAUGUAUUGUAGAAAUGUUCUUUGAUUCUCACUUUACUGUUCUACAAUAGGCAAUUAGUGCAAUAUUAAAUUUUCCUUUUCUCUCACUUGCAGCUGUAGCUCCUUCCGAAAUUUUGGCGCAAGGAGGUUCCGCAAGACUGGUUUAUGAGGAGGCCCUUAAAGAUGGAUUUGUGAAUGUUUAUCGUGGUCGCAUAGUUUUGGUUGGCCAGGAUCGUGCCGGUAAAACAAGUUUAAAGAAGACUCUCCUAGGUCUGCCAUUUGACUACCAGGAACAGAGUACGGACGGAGUCGAAAUUGAGCCGUCAAAGUUUGAAAUUGAAGUGAAGCAAAUCCAGAACUGGACUCCUAAUUGUGCGAACGAGUCAAGUUUGUCUGAAAGUUUGGAAUAUACAACAUUUGUAGCAAAAUUGUUAGCGAGAGAAAGAUAUCACAUGAUUGUUCGUGAUGAGAUGGAAGACUCGGAAAUGAAAUCAGUGGGGGCAUUACCUAAGGAAGAACGUAGCGUGGAGUCAGGAGGGGAAUUGCACGCAAAACAUGUUGUUGCCGAUCAGGUCCGUUAACUAUGUUUUAACUGUGAAACCCGAUUUGUUAUGAAUGAUCUCAAACAGAUUUACACAUUAAAUACUCAUUUGAGUGUUUUAACAUAAUGAAAUAGAUAUCGACAUCGGCUGUGUGAAUGGGAAUGCAUCAACAAUGUAAUUUCUAUCGGAAUUUGGUAUCCACAGUAUUGAUAUUUCGCCUUAUUUCAAAAUGUUAGGUUUCCGUGUACGAGGAUUUGGCCACUAAGUGUCCCGACAAAUCCAGGCCAUUAGGCGAAAAUCGCGAAGGAGAUAAUCUAAGCACAAAGCCCAAAAUUGCUAUCAAUGCCACCGCACUUCCUAAUGCAUGUGCCGUUAAAAUACAUGCUGAUGAACUCUUAAAGGACAUGGUCCUGAAAGGUGUGGAUGCUGAUAGUGCAAACAGCAAGAAAGGAUCCACGAUAACCGCAGAUGUGUGGGAUUUUGCGGGUCAACAUGUGUACUAUGCUGCUCACCCGGUAUUUCUUUCGUCAAGAGCUGUGUACAUCGUAGUUCACAACCUUAGCAAGCCACUGAAUGCCCAAGCUCAGCCAUGUGUAAGACAGGGAACUCAUGAAGUAACUUUGGAGAACCCGAACAAGGAGACCAAUUUGGAGAAUUUGCUGUCGUGGCUCGCGACAGUUCAUAAUAUGACACCAACAGGAGAAGAAAUGGUUGAAACGCCUAACGUGCUGUCCUAUCUCCGACCUCCAGUGUUCAUCGUCGGCACCCAUGCUGACAAGCCAUAUGAAGAUAGGAAGGAUGUUUCAUCCAAGAUACUUCGUGAGAUUUCCAGUAAGGAAUAUGGAAAACAUGUGAUCCGACCAUUCUUCUACAUUGAUAACACUCAAGGACACAAAUCAUUCGCAUGGAAAUUCCGGAAUUUCUUUAAAUUUCGAAGGAAUCGUCAAACAGGUAAAUCAUGUGUUUGGGUUCAACAUGAUGGUUAAUGACGUGUUUAUCGGUUAAUGAGGUUGGGUUUAAUUUUAUUUCUAUCGAGGACAGACAAAAUCAUCGUUAGAUAAAGUUGAUUGGAUUCACUGGAGAUUUUACCGGUUGCUUUUCCACGUCUAAUUCCUAGUAUCCUUUUGUCCCUAUCUUGGUACUUAUCUACUUUUGAUGUUGGCACCUUGUUGGUGCUCCCGUUAUUCCUGAAAUUUUUUUUUCGUAUGUAUUUUCUCUUUUUUCCCUUUUUUCUUGUGUUAACCUGGAUUGUAUAUGUAAAUACCUUAACGAGUGUUUUUGCAGACCAAAUAAGUGUGAAAUUUAUAAUACAUCGCGAAGAAGUGACUUAGAGUGCUGCAGCAGAAAUAGACCUUUCCGAAUACGAAAUAGGGGAUCAUGGUCUUAGUUGCCAUCAAACUCGUAUCGAAAGUCCGAGGAGAAAUCUCUGUUCCUCCCUGGCUUCUCUCAACAGCACUAAUUGUUUUACAUAAUUUAUAACUGAAAGGUCAAGAAGGAGGCAAUGAUGGCACUAAUGCCGAUGGAAUUCAUGCUCUUCGAGCGAGAAUCCUGGAAGUACUUCGACAGGAACCUUAUAUGGGAGAGAAGAUACCAAUGAGGUAGAGUAUGAUGUGUAAUGAUAUAAGCACAAAGAGAUGUUCAGCUCAUUUUUUUCUAACAACAGCUGUACUCAAACCUACGAGUGGCUUUCAUAGCUGGUUUCGUUACUUGUGGAGUUCGCUACGUUCAAGUUCGCUACAUGUUCGUUACUUACAUGCCGAAUUCGCUACUUACUUCAUUCUACCACAAUAAAUUAUGAUCACGUUAUGAGCAUAAUUUACCAAUUCCCACAGAUGAUUUACGGAAACUUUUGCGGCUCAUACUUGAAGAAAAUUCUUUCAAGUUCAACGAAAGAUUCUUCAUACAAACACAUGACAUCGCCAUGGGAACUAAGACAGCAGUUGCUUUCUCUGCCAUUUUAUGGCAAACCUAGAAAAACGACUGUUAAUGGCUAGUCCCUCUAACUAAGUCCCUCUUUGGUCUGGAAGAGAUUUAUUGAUGACAUAUUUUCACUGUGGAACAUUUCUAUGAAAAACGCUUACAAUUUUGUUGACUUUGCCGAUUCGUUCCACCCUACAAUCAGGUUUACUUGUGAAACGUAACCUCGUAACAAUCCAAAAAAUCAAAGUAGCGGUUUAAAGCACACCAGAAGGAAAUUUGCAUAUGAUCAGUUUAACUGACUCCUAAAAAGGGCAAUCACGCAGUUGGGAGUAUAAAUUACAGAUAUUGCUUGUGGUUUAUGGUUAAAAGAGAAAUUAAAACUGUGAAUUAACAGAGGCAGCGAAUUGGGCAUGUUAGAAGCGAACAUGUAGCAAACUCGACGAGUAGGGAAACAGGCGUAAAGCGCUUUCAAGAAGACGAAUUUUUCAGUGCUUAACAACAUGCUACCAUUACUUGUGGAUGUAAUGUAUGCUCAAAAGAUGCUCAACCGGCUAUUAAGCCACAUUCUAAAGUUACAUUUAGAAAUUUGCAAACUUUGGUACAUGCAAUUUGCUAUCUGAUGUAUACCUUUCUGUAAGUUAGACUAAUUAUAAAUUUUUUAUAUUUCUAGAUGGUUUAACUUCGAAAAGGUCAUUGAAGCUUUGGUAGCUGAGAAUGUAUACCACUCAAAUACUGUCCAUCUUCAAACCUAUGCCAAGGAUGUAUGUUUUAUAGAAGACGAUGAACAAUUUCACACCAUGUUGAAUUUCUAUCACGACUUAGGUUUGAUUGUGAAACACCGCAGUACAGUCAUUCUGAAGGCACAGUGGUUGAUCAGUCUAUUCAAGAAGCUUAUAACCAUUCCAGCAUUCAAAAAAACGGUAGGAAAAGAUAAUCUUCUAUGCAUCGAGAUGAUUACAGAUCGUAGGCAACUUGCGCUUGACGAAAAAAUGUUAAGUUAAUUGACUGUUUAUUCGUUUUUUUUUUCAUGUUGUUUACACCCCUUACAACAUUUUGAGUUUUCUCCAUAACUUUCAUGUGUCUCCCACUCUCCCUCAUUUCAAUAUUGACAAAAUGGUCACUAAUUUAUUACGACAUCGUUUGAGGGUGGGGAGGUAAGGGGGAAAUUCAAUAAACUAAUUAAAGAUGAAUAACAAGAUUUUUCUUAUUAUGUUGACUCAUUUCGGGAGGCUUGCCAACUACAUUUUACCACUCAUUGUACCCUUAGUAAUGAGGAAAGGAGAGAUGUUUUUGGUCCGCUGCAAAUUAAAUGGGGCAUUUUAAAGAAAAAUUGGUAGAUUGAACUUAUUUUAAAUAGGGAAUUUGUGGUUUCAGGAUCCUGUGCAUUCCAAGUACUGGCUGGAACUCGAGACAAGUGGUGUCCUUAAGAUGGAGCUUGUUGAUCACGUUUUUUCCCCUCCUAUUCAGCAAGGCGUUAUCAAGGAAGACAUCUUGGACAUGAUGGAGCAGUUUGGUUUGAUUGCCAAAUACUCACCAUCCCCGGCUGACGUUAAUUACUUUGUGCCAUGUCAACUGAGGUCCUCACCUGAAGAGCUUUGUAAAAUGGAGCCAUCAUCUAUGGAUCCUUGUCCUUUGUAUCUUCAUUUCCAAGAAGGCUUUGUCCCGCAUGGUUUUUUUACUCGCCUUGUUUCAAAAUCGGUUGCUUGGUGUGGUGCAAAUGGAUCGUCACAGCCUCCAAAACUCUACCAGAAUGGUGCAUGGUUCAUUCUUAAAGAACGCGUCAUACAUGACAUGAUUAUGAUUUGCAAAAAGAAGUUCAUAAAAAUCCUCUUGAGACAAAGAAUUAAGAAGAACGUAGUUGCAGUUUCUAAUUCAACUUUGGUAGAAGUUGCUAGAAGUGUGCGAUUGUUUAUGGAGAGCACUUUAGAAAAGAUGUCGCAGGAGUUCCCAUACCUGAGCAGGAUGCAGCAUGAGUUUUGUGUUGAAUGCCCCUACUGUCAGCAAAGCGGUCGCAAGUGCGUAAACCACAACCAAGUGUCCUGUGGAGAAGAAGACUGCUUACACCUGCUUGAAUUAAGGCAAGGACAGGAUUUGAUCUGUAUGGAAAGCAUGUCUAAUGAAGUACUUACAGUUCCUGGACAAGAGAAAUGGUUGUUGAACCAGGUAUAAAGCAUUCUUUGUAUGUCUUCGUUCGUAAGUAGUAACGGAAACCAAUUAAGAAGAGCUUUUGAUAGCUGUGAUGGAAUCUCAUUGUGCGAUGUCAGUCGUAUGAAUCGGAAUACCCAAUUUAGAAAAUCUUGUAACAGAUUGAGAUCUAAUGGUGUCAUAGAAGGAUCUUGCUUCAUCGAGCUCCUAAAGCAAUUCAGCAAUGGAUAUACUGUAUGAGAUUGUAUGUUUGCAAUUGCGUAAUUACCUUUUUGGUUGAUUCAAGAUAUGUAUGAACGCGUUCAACCAGUUCGUUUCCUUCGGUCUGGUUUAUAAUUUCUUGAUGGGAAAAAAGAAUAUUUUUCUCUAACAGAAGUACGUUUUUUUGUGAAAACUGUUUUAUAUACCUUACUUGGAAAAUGAUAUGCUUUUCCUUUAUAAUAAUGUUUUUAUGUAAUUAUCCAAAAGGGCUUGGCUCCGUCAGAAAUAAGAACCUCACAAGUUGCAUCAGUGCGUGGUCACCCAGCAAAGUGCGACAAAACUUUGAAAGUUACUCUACUGGCCAAUGAGUGGUAUUCGUCAAAGGGGGGUUUGUCCACCAUCAACAGACACCUUGCCAUCCUUAUGGCCAAACGUAGUGAGGUAGAAGUCACUCUCUUAGUGCCACAAUCUGCUUGUUCUGAAGAAGAGAAGAGAGAUGCAGAGAGUCACAAGAUUGUCAUCAAAGAAGCAGAGAGACGUCCAGGCUACGACCCUCUUGACUGGUUGAGCUUCCCUCCGAAAAACCUGAUAAUUGACGUGGUCCUGGGUCAUGGAGCCAAGUUAGGUAAGCAAGCCCAAAUCAUUAGGGAGUACCAUAAUUGCCAGUGGGUACAAGUAGUGCAUACUGCGCCUGAAGAGCUCGGAAUGUUCAAAAACUAUCCGAGAGCCAUUGCCAGAGGAGAAGAGAAGACUACAGCCGAAGUAGAUUUGUGUAAAUUGGCAAAUCUAGUUGUAGCAGUAGGACCCAAGUUGACUGAGGCCUACUCUGCCUAUCUUCAAUCAUGUGAGAAGCAGCAAGAUAUCAUGUCGCUCACUCCUGGCAUAUUCAAGGAGUUUUCAACUCUAAAUCAUGCCUCAGUUGACUCUGAAAAGUUUAGGGUGUUGACCUUUGGUCGUGGUGACCCUGAGGACUUCGGUCUGAAAGGGUAUGAUAUCGCUGCUAAAGCAGUAGCUGAACUGACAGACAACUCCUACCAUCUGAUCUUUGUGGGUGCACCUGAUGGAAAACAGGAGGCAGUUACGGAAACUUUGCUGCAGAAUGGUAUUUCCAAACGUCAGCUGACAGUGAGAACGUUUUUGCAAAGUAAGCAGAAAUUGAAAGAUUGUUUUUGUGAAGUUAAUCUCUGUAUCAUGCCAUCCCGGACGGAGGGGUUCGGCUUAACUGCGUUGGAAGCCUUGUCAGCUGGUCUUCCCAUUCUUGUUAGUGGAAACUCGGGUUUCGGAGACGCACUGCGCACUGUGCCAGCCGGCAAAUCAUUUGUGGUCGAUUCUGAGGACCCCAAGGUGUGGGCUGAGGCAAUUGCUGUUGUCCGUAAGAAGGAGAGAUCACAGCGUCUUAAAGAGAUUGAACGACUGAGGACAUCAUAUGAAGGGCAGUUCAGCUGGGAGAAACAGUGUGACCUUCUUGUUGAUAAGAUGUGGGUCAAAGUUCAUGGCGCAGGUAUGUUGAUGAUUUUUAUGUUUCUUUCCUUAGACUUGUCUUUUCUUGUGGUAUCCCAAAUUUAUUCUGUCCUUGAUGUGAAUACAUUUUGUACCUCGAAAAGAGGUUUCUAAAAAACAUAGUAUGAAAGAGAUUUUUAUAAGUUUGUGUAUAUCACCAAUUUUCGCCAAAAAGGAAAUGAUCUGUACGUGCUGAUAAGAGAGAGAUAGGAAAAAGAAAAAGAAAUGUCUAAAACCACUUUUAUUCAUCCCAAGUUUAAUUAUCGUUCUUGAUAUGAGUGUAUUCCAAAAUGUUAAUGUUUUAGCGGGGCAUAUAUCAUAUUGUGUAAAAAUCUCAGGUUAAAAGUCAUCUGCUCCGGUUAUUCACAAGCAAUUAUUGCUUUCGCUGCAACAUAAUAUUUUUUUUAUGAAAAAAGAAAAAAAAAGUAGCUAUGUAGAACGUUAACCGGCAAGUCUAGGAUAUUACCUGCGACCUUUUACUCCAAUAUUGUUUCUCGUUCUCGAAUCAGAAGAAAGUGUUUGUUUAUCCUGAAAGAAGAGCCUGUUCCUGUAAGUGAAGAGUUUGGAUCAAUUUGUGUCCUCAUGAAAUAUUUUCCCAUACAUGAUCUUCCUAAUAAGGAAAGGUCUCGUUCAUUCGAAGGUAGGGCCUUCCAUAAAAAUUAAAUUAGAGUACCCGACUGGAUAAGUGUCCCUCUCAGCCCUGACUUGGGCGGAUAUUACCCUAAUAAUUACUGACCCUCAUAAAAUCCUAUUGUUCUCUCUCAGCAUUAUAUCGGCGAUUUCAGUUGCAUUGUUGGUGUACCAAAACAUCAAUAUGAAGGGGCGACUGAAAUCGUCGAUGUAAUGCAGAGAGAGAACAAUAGGAUUUUAUGAGGGUCAAUAAUUAUAAUAGUUAAUUACUGAGGUUCGCAGCAUUAUUGGGUAUAAUGCUGCGAACCUCAGUAAUUAUCUAUUAACUAGUAGUGAGAUCGGGGCCGAUUCGGAUCAUAUAGAAGUUUCAAGCAGCUUGCAGUGGCGAUACAGGAGGAGUUCCCAGCAAGUUUAAAAAUAGUUACGAUAGACCGAAACUUCGGUUUUAAAUGUGAUAGAUUUUUUUUCUAUCCGAUAGUUGAGAUCUUCGCUUCCAUCUACAUUGUAUGAUUUAAGGAAUUACACCUAAAGUUAUUUUGCUUCUAGGGUUGCUUGAGCGAACCAUCCAGAAUCUCCAGCGGAUGCAACUCUGCGCAAGCACGGUAAACAACCACACUGCCUUGAGAAAGGAGUUAACGACGAUAGUAUCAGAUAGGGGCUUCAGAAUUUCUGACAAUCAAGGGUCAGGAAACUGCAUGUUCCAUGCCUUGUCAGAACAACUAGAAACCGUCAAAGGAAUCAAAAUCCAACAUGGCCAGUUGAGACAAUCUCUAGUUCAGUACCUCAGGGAAAACCCAAAACUGGUGAGAUGUAGCAAUUCUCUUUAAAAAAAUUUUUUUAAGGUUGAUCAGUAGUUUUGGCUACUGUGUUUAUUUCUCUAUCCGUUACAUGAAGUGCUACUCGUCCUUGCUGGGACACUAGUCCCUUUCACAACAGAUACCUUCAGAGAGUCACCUUUCAGAAUCAUUUCAGAAUCAAUGAACACCGUCAGUUUAGCUCGGUUCUGAAUAGGACGAUCAUGUUUUUUGAAAACCUUACCAUUCUAAACUAUAUUUUUCUUACUCUGAAUGUUUUGGUUUUCUCUAUUUAAGGACUUAGUUGACAUUUUACCCGCAUGGUCGCAUUGGUUUAAAUUCUCAUUUCUUAGAAGUGUGAUGGUACCUAUGAACGGCUAAACAUUUAAUUGCAAUAGGUUCAUAGCGAGUCUGUCUGUUACCGAAUGGGUUCAUGAUCAUGUGGAGACGCAACUGCUGCUGCCCAUUUAGAUUCCUGUAGUGUGAUACUCAAAUGAUGUUUGCUUUAGCUUUUGCUGUUUGCCCACCGCGUUCAAAUGUUAUCACUAACCUUUCCAAUGUAAAGAAGUUAAAUUUUUUUGUGGAGUUUCCCUUGAAUUGUGCUCUGCUCUGUUCAAAAGCUAUUUGAAAUUCAAGUCUUAAUUGCUGUCUCUUCUCACUGUCUCUUUUUACAGCCGGAUGGAACAGAUCUGUGUCACUUUGUCCAUGGCCAUGAAACAUGGGCUGAUUACCUGACAUAUAUGAAACAAGAUGGCGCUUGGGGUGAUCACCUCAUUCUCUGUGCAGCUGCGAAUUGCUUUAAAACAUGCAUUCAUGUGGUCAGCAGUCUACAUAAUGAUGUAGUCAUCAGGCCACAUUGUCCUGUGGACGAAAGCAAGCCACUAGUACUGGGACAUAUUCAUGAGGUACACUAUGUCAGUCUUCAACCCAUACAAGGUAAGAAGGGAAAAGCACACGUCACGUGCUUUUCAACUUGA